AUGCAAGUAUCAGCAUGCAAUUUGUGGUGCAUGUCAAUGCCAACACAGAGAAUCACCGCUCUCAGUCGCCGUGAAAUUUGCAUAUCCUCCUCUCUUUGCUCCAACUCCCCAAACGACGCCGUUCCUCCCCAAUCCAUUCCCAUUUCAAGGAUAGUUCAAGAUCAAUCUCAGGAUUCUGAUGCUAUGCUGAAAAGGACUUUUGUGUCACCAACGAGACGCGUGUUAAUGGCGAGUUUGUCUUUGUAUUCUUGUUUCUGUUCUUCAAGGUACUUCUCAGCGCUAGCAUUGGGAGAUACAUCGGUAACACUUGAAGAAGUGACCCCUCCUGUGUUUUCUUCUGGUCCACUCUUUCCUGCCGAGGACCGAAUUGUUCAACUAUUUGAAACCAACACAUAUUCUGUUGUUAACAUCUUUGACGUGACAUUGCGUCCUCAACUUAAUGUGACUGGUGUAGUUGAGAUUCCUGAAGGAAAUGGCUCUGGAGUAGUUUGGGAUAAAGAGGGACACAUUGUGACAAAUUAUCAUGUGAUCGGCAAUGCCCUUUCGAGAAAUCCAAGCCCUGGUGAGGUUGUUGCGCGAAUCAAUAUUCUAGCCUCGGAAGGAGUACAAAAGAAUUUUGAAGGUAUACUCAUCGGAGCUGACCGUUUAAAGGAUCUAGCUGUCUUGAAGGUAGAAGCUCCUAAAGAUAUUUUAAAGCCUAUCAUGGUGGGGGAGUCGUCGUUUUUAAAAGUCGGGCAACAAUGUUUGGCCAUUGGGAAUCCAUUUGGCUUUGAUCACACCCUCACGGUCGGGGUUAUCAGUGGUCUUGAUCGAGACAUCUUUAGUAAAACUGGUGUAACAAUUGGUGGUGGUAUUCAAACUGAUGCAGCUAUAAAUCCCGGAAACAGUGGAGGUCCGCUUCUAAAUUCGAAAGGAAGCUUAAUCGGGAUCAAUGCUGCAAUAUUUACUCAGACAGGAACUUCAGCUGGUGUAGGAUUUGCCAUUCCAUCCUCAACCGUGCGUCGAAUCGUUCCUCAGUUGAUUCAGUUUGGAAAAGUUGCUAGAGCUGGUUUGAAUGUGGAUAUUGCUCCAGACUUGAUUGCGAAUCAACUUAAUGUUCGAAAUGGAGCUCUUAUUCUUCAGGUUCCGAAAAACAGUCUCGCCGCCAAAGUGGGGCUAAAUCCCACUACAAGGGGCUUUGCUGGUAAUAUUGUCCUUGGAGAUAUCAUCAUUGCAGUUGACAAUAAACCUGUGAAGAGCAAAGCAGAGUUGUUGAAAGUAUUGGAUGAAUAUAAUGUAGGAGAUAAAGUAAUGUUUCUAAUUCAAAGGGGUGAUGAAAAGAUGGAGCUCCCUCUAGUACUUGAGGAACAAAGUUCUUGA